AUGAGAAAGUGGGUGCAAACGAGGAGAGGGAACUUGAACCACUGCGCCGGCGCGCAGGAUCUGUUUCUUCAGUCGCUGGCGCAGUGGAGCAUUGAUAUUGGAGUGGCGGCGGAGCCUUAUUUUGUCGCCCCUCGUCCCAAUUGGGCGGGGGAUCUCGACGGCUCCGUCGCCGUCAUAAGCGCCUUGGGCGCGGACUCCCGACCCCUGCAUACCAUCCGCAGGGGUUCGGGAUAUGUUGCAGUUGUUUGGGGGCCGUACGCAGUCGUAGGGGUCUACUUCUCGCCGAGCAGGGGUCUGGCAGAGUUCGAGUCAUUUAUGGCCGAGCUCGAGGCCCUUGUUCGGACGCUCUCGCCUCGCCCGGUCAUCGUGCUCGGUGACCUCAACGCCAAGAGCACAGCGUGGGGGGAACCGGCAACCGACCGGCGCGGGGAGCUUUUGGAGGAGUGGGCCCUCGGAUUGGACCUUGCCCUGCUGAACAGGGGUAGGGUCCACACCUGCGUACGGCAGAAUGGAGGGUCCAUCGUC